GUGCGGGGGGCGCAGUAGCGAGCGGUCGCGAUGCCUGAGCCAGCCAAGUCGGCGCCCGCGCCCAAGAAGGGCUCCAAGAAGGCGGUGACCAAGACGCCGAAGAAGGGCGACAAGAAGCGCAAGAAGAGCCGCAAGGAGAGCUACUCCAUCUACGUGUACAAGGUGCUGAAGCAGGUGCACCCAGACACGGGCAUCUCCUCCAAGGCCAUGGGCAUCAUGAACUCCUUCGUCAACGACAUCUUCGAGCGCAUCGCCGGCGAGGCGUCACGCCUGGCGCACUACAACAAGCGCUCGACCAUCACGUCGCGGGAGAUCCAGACGGCUGUGCGGCUGCUGCUGCCUGGCGAGCUGGCCAAGCACGCCGUGUCUGAGGGCACCAAGGCCGUCACCAAGUACACGAGCUCCAAGUAGAGCUGUUCACACUGUCAAUUUUAACCCAAAGGUUCUUUUAAGAGCCACCCACAUUUCAU